CCUCGCUAUAAAUACACCUGGAAAACCCCGCCCACAGCCAUACAGGUAAGGUCAGUGAGGCUUUGUCAGACAUGUCAUAUGAUCGCCAUGGCGGGUAGUAGUAAGGAACAACUUAAGUCUGACUCCGGACAACUUUGGGAAGACAUAAAAUCCAGACCACUACUUGAAAUCGUUGGUAUCAGUUCUCUCUCCACCGUCGGGACCCUGUUGAAUGUUUCUAACCCUGUUACAAAAGGUUGGGAGGCCCUGGCUGAAACAUUAGGGUACAGUCGUGUGGAGAUAGAAGCCCUCAGACAUGAGGGGAACAAGCCGUACCAGAGAAGUCCCGGCGUGUUGUUGUUGGAGGGUUGGGGAGGACGGGGGGCGAGCAGUACGGUACAAGUCCUGGAGCAGGCUCUGUUGGAUCUGGACAGACUGGACGUCAUAGAAGAACUUCAACAAGCUACUAAAGAUCAGUGCAACCUGUCCGUUACCUUCCACAUGGGCCAACACGAGAGGUCACUGACCUUACCUGGGGUCCCGGGCAUGUCAACCCUUCGACAAGCACUAGAGGGCGCUAUUGAACAGACCGGACUCAGCACUGACGCUUUUGAAAUACAUGGAAGCGAGAUGACGUGGAGUACAAGGGCGAGGGAGUGUAAGGGUAAACAUCUUCAUCUAGUGCAGAAAAAGUUUCCACAGCCAAGGCAUGUGAGCGAAGCGUCCCCUACUGAUUCUCCCCGUGAACCGCAGGGAGUUGAGGACAAGCCCCGAAACAAUCGUCCUAAGUUAACUAAAGCGAGUACGGUGUCGGGUCCAGUCGCCACGAGCACGAGCUCGAGAGUUCGCCCGGCCAUACCCGUACAGAGGAGCCAGUCCGAGCGGUCUGCACUCCACCCGAAGGACCAACCAAACCGCACCGCCUCCCCGACUAUCAACAUCUUCGCUGCCCCAGGCACUAGCAUCAACAUUCUCAACGGAAAAGGUGCCAUGACGGAGCCUACGCCAUUUGUAGAAAGUAAGAGCACCAAUGGCCAGCGCAAGGAAGCCAGUGUGCUGUCAUCGACACAAAACCCAACAGAAAACGCCAUUUCAACGCCACAUCGUUCAGACAUCAGCGCAGAAAGAAACGCCCCAUCUUCGGAAACAAUCGGAGAAAAGAUUCCCUCGAGAACGACGGAAAGAAGCUCUGUGUGCGCGCCAGUUCAAGAGACUAAGGAACAAGUAACUAGGAGUAAACUGCCUUUGCCCAAAGAGGAAACGUUCUGUACAUCUGUAGACAGUUUUCACAAGGGCGGUUUAGAAGCCAGUAGUGGCAAAAUUGGGCCAAGGCCGCUUGGAGAAUUGAAAACACAAUCACAUGCGCCGCCAAAGUUACCACCAAAGAAAAACAAACCCAGUCGCACCGCGUCUCAAGUCCCAAUACAAGAGGAGGGUUCUCUUCAACAGGCUGAGGAAGACAUCUACUCCCGCCCCCUAGCGGAAUGUUCACGACCUACACCUGUUCCUGUCGUGUCUGAAAUCAGACCAUGCGGCAGUUCCCAUGGCGACAGAAGGCGUCAGUUGGAUUCUGUCUUGGAUGACGUCAACUGGGAAGAGAUAGCAAAUGUGCCCGGCUUCCACCACGACAUACCUGACGAUAACGCAGCGAUUUACACGUUCAUGUUCAACUAUCUGCGUGACGAAGGCUGGUACGUCAUCAGAAAGUGUGCAGACAACAAGUUAGCAGUCAGCGUGACGUACCUGGGAGACAUUCGUCACUACCGGAUACACCAUACAGACGGGAGGUUCUACUUCCGGAGGGACGAGUUCCAGGCCUGCAGUCUUCACGAGCUCAUAGAGACGUACAAGUGGAACGAUCUUCCCGCCAAAACUGACCGCUCCUCUGCUGCGGACGGCUCGGGUCAAGACCUGCUGUCCAGUCCGCCAGUUCCGGCCAGGAACAGAGGUGUCCGGCUUCUCAAUCCUGUUUGACGUUGGGUCGUCAAAGCACUCAAAUACUAGACUUUAUCUCGUCUACUCGUCAGGUCACAGCGUGAUCACAGCAAGUACAUUCUAUGGAUGCUAUCCCCUGCGGAUGGGAAAGGGUGAAUAAUAAAAUACAAAAAUCAUGCAUCUAGCUAAAGAUUUAAAAAAUAAAACAUAUAAACGCUGUAGCUUGAGUUGGAGCAACAAAGCAUGGAAUCACAGCCAAUAAGUCUUUUGUUUCUGUAUUCAAGAGGUGCGCAUGUUGACAACCACAUAUGCACAGUCAUGGCUACCACAUUGCGGGGGUACCACGUGCAUUUUUACUUUUUAAACUAGCUUUAUUUUACUUCUAUAAGUACAGUCUCAUGUGCCACGC